AUGGAGAAAAUUGCGCAAAUUCCAAGGGUGGCGGUUCUGCUCAUGACGACUCUUGCUCCAAACAGUGUAUACCAGACUCUAUUUACUGGACAAAACCAAGUUUAUACAAACUCAAGUGGUGAGGUCCUCAUGAAUCUGGACAUUUCUAAUGCACAUGAAAAUCCAGGAGCGGACUCAUAUGUUCAACAAGUUUGCUCCGUUGUUAUUAGCCAAGAAAAUCCAAUUACUACUGAAGUACAAAGUGAACUUAAGGUCUCUGAAUCUAUUUCUUCUGGUCCAGUGGGACGUUUCGAAUGUAACUACUGCCAUAAGAAUUACUUUUCUGAAUCCAAUCUCCAACUUCAUUUGGAUGUUGCUCAUCGUGGUUUACGUCGUUUUCAGUGUAACUUUUGCGGCAAAACUUAUGCUAAAGGUUUCCUUCUAAAAGCUCAUGUGAAAAGUGUUCAUGAAAAUAUUCGUGAUGUGACGUGCACUAUAUGUCAAAAAGCUUUUUCUAAACGAUCUGUGAUGCGCAGGCAUAUGAAAUCGGUUCAUGCAGAGAAAAAAGAUUUCCAUUGUAAUCUAUGUCAAAAACAGUUUACAGAAAAAAAGAAUCUUCAGAUGCAUAUAAAUGCAUUGCAUAAAGGUCUACGACCCCAUCAAUGUGAUGAUUGUCUCAAAGAGUUUGCUCGGAAGUGCGAUUUGUUAAGACAUUCAAAUUCAGUUCAUCGUGAUUCCAAACCUUACAUGUGCCCGUUAUGUAAUAAAGGGUUUCCACAGAAAUGGUAUUUUGAACGUCAUGUGGCUUCUGUCCAUAAAAAGACUCCAUUUCCAAUAUCUUUUAUGGUGCCACGACAACAAACCCAACAACAGCAUCAAACUUUACAAACUCAACAAGAACAACAGCAAAUACAAGAAAUGUUACAGCAACAACAACAGGAACAACAACAACAGCAACAUCAAUUAAUUCAUCAUCAGCAGGAACAACAGCAACAACAACAACUGACAGUCCUUCAAACUCAACCUCAUUCUCAACAAGUCAACUUACCUAUGGGCACUAUAAUUGCUACACCUGGCUCUGUUCAGAAUGCAAUGCCUUCUGGUACACAGGUAAUGAUGGUUGCUCCUGGAGUAAAUAUGCCUAUGCCAGCAUUUUUCUUUCAACCACAACAAGCUACUCCAUUCGCAAAUACUAUUACUAUGAAUCCACACACAGCAGUUCUCCCGACAAGUACUAAUUCACUAUUUCGUUCCAAUUGUGCUACAACCUCAGCAACAUUCAUCACUUCUCCUUUUGGUGUUAGUCAUUUGCCUGUGAAACCAAUAACUUUUAAUUCAGCACAAAUAGCUGUUACUGCUCCUUCAACUCCGUCGCCUUCUAGACCAUCAAAAGAAUAUCAAUGUGCAACUUGCUCCAAAGUGUAUCCUCGACGUCAAAGUUUGCAAGCUCAUAUAAUACAAGUACAUACAGAUAAAAAGCCAUAUGAAUGUAAUGUAUGUCAUAAGGGUUUUGUUCGUCGUUGGGAUUUUUAUCGUCAUGUGAACUCUGUCCAUCAUGAUAAUGCAACAACUGCUAUUGGCAAUGAUAAAUUAGAAGAAUAUGUAGCAUGGAUGCGUGGACGUCGAUCAUCGUUGGAUAUUAGCUGGGAAUGUUUAAAUGCUGUUCGACCUGAUUUAACAAGAGUCAAAAUAGAAGGACAACCGCAAACUUCACAAAUGACACCGAAACCAGAACAAAUGAAUCAUUACCUCAUAGGAUCAGAUGUUACAGCUGUUGAUACAUCAGAUAUAAAUAAUUUAUGA